AUGUGGGGUUGGCGUUAUCAGCAACCUUCGUUCAUUGCGAUCGGCCGUGACCACCAGGUGCGGGCUCUUGGGGCCCUCCUGAUUCAUCUCCAGUCCACUGUCUUCGCACUGGAGGCUUCGGGAUCCGUUGGGGUGACCGCUGUCAGGCAACUCGACUCCUCCGGCUACAUGCGGAUAGACAGCAUGGCGUUGCGACGGUUGUUUCGCUGCAGUUGGGGGAUCCGUCCUCUCAUCCCGCACGGUUUCGAAGGAGCCUGGGAAUCACGGCGGAAGAGUUCCAUCCUAAUGUUCUCAGUGGCAAGGACCAAGUCGGCCUCAGGGAGGAGGUGCCUGAAGGAGUGGAUGCUGAAACCCCUACACGACAUUGCCGCCAUCAGCGUUCGACAGGACGGUGUCGAGGUUCUCAUGCAAGCAGAGAAUGCUGAGAUCUGCCGACGACUGCGGUCCCAGCUGAGCAAAUCGUACGGCAUGACUCGGAUAAUCAUGCGAAUCAAGAAGGUGGCCUGGACGUUCGCGGACUGGUGCAAGCUGAUCACGUCCAUAGAGUCUGCCCUCGACGUCCGGGACGGGCUCGCGCUGAUGAGGACUAGCGCUGGCGCGGCGGUCACGGUGGGCGGGAGGUUCGGGAACGAGUCGUUCCUGGCACGCCUCCUAGAUGACAUCGACCCGGUCGUGCUGCGGAAGUGCUUGGAGGGCCUUUGUACGGUCAUCGACCCGGUCGCGAGUGCGCAGGACAAGGAUGUCGUGAUUCGUCCGGGGUUCGACGAAGAGCUGGACAACAUGAGAGAACGCCUGGAAGAUCUACCGGACAUCCUCCAACAAAUUGGCCAGAUCGUCCUGAACGAGAACUCCGUGCUGGAAGAGCUGAGCGUGGAGUACGUCCCCCAAAUCGGAUUCUUCACCACCCUACACGAGCGCUUCGGCGAUCUUGCACCGGACGACUUCACCUUCGCAUUCGCCCAGGGCGAGACUGUGUACUACAAGAGCCCAACUAUGCGUGAUGUGGACGAUCGCAUCGGAGAUAUUCAGGCGCUCAUCACCGACAAACAGGCGAAGAUCAUGCGAGAGCUCGAAGACGCAUUGAUAGCGGAGGAGGGCGCCUUGCACGCGGCGGCAUCUGUCUUGGCGGAGCUUGACGCGGCUUUGGCCCUAGCCUCCGUAGCAGGAGACUUCGGCUUCGUCCGACCGGAGGUGGUGGAGGAUAACGUGAUCAUGAUCAAAAACGGGCGGCACCCUCUUCAGGAAAUGGCCGUGGACCUAUUCAUCCCGAACGAUACCUUCAUCGCGGACGGCAGCCGGGUGGCACUCAUCACUGGGGCGAACUGCUCGGGAAAGAGCGUAUACCUCAAACAGGUCGGAGUGGCGGUAUAUCUGGCGCACGUUGGAUCCUUUGUCCCAGCGGAAAAGGCGGUCAUCGGCUUGACCGACCGCAUUUUUACCCGAAUAGCCACAGUGGAGACGUCCUCCCUGCCACAGAGCUCGUUCACCAUCGACGUAAAUCAGGUCGCCCAGAUGGCGCGUACCAGCACCCCGAGAUCUCUACUACUCAUCGAUGAGUUCGGCAAGGGCACCGCCCCCGCUGACGGCAUCGGUCUGGUGGCGGCCCUGCUGCGCCAUCUCUCCCGCAAGGGUCGCAAGUGCCUCUUCACUCUGCACUUUCAUGAAAUUUUCAGCCACGAUCUGGUGAAGGUCAGCGGCCCGGACGAACUUCACACGGAUCUCAAAGACGUCAGCGUGUUCCGGAUGGACGUGCACGUACCUUCUCCGCCGAAAGCGCCAGAGUCUCAGGGCGAUGGGCUGGGGGAAGGAGAGGGCACGACAGGCGAGGAGUGGGCUUUCGUCCCGCCUACCCCCCUGUUCAAGCUCAAGCCCGGAAUGACUUCGAACUCUCAUGGCAUUGCCUGCGCGCAAGUCGCCGGUAAGGUUGGGCAAUGA